UCAAGAGUCCUUUCGUGUAUCUCGUGUGCGGACAACAGAGGCCGCACUCCGUUCACCGGCCACGCCGUUCGAACCACACUGCUGCUGGACCUCCACCUUGGGCCACUGAAACUUCGUCGACACAAAUCACCGCUCAACUACUAUUAGCUGCCACAGCACGCAGCAGCAGCAUCACAUCUACAGUGGCCAGGCCUGCAAAGGGCCAGUUAGUGCCGAUACAACAAAAUGAGGUUCACCCCCUCCCAUUUUCGAUCCACACUUUCCAAAUCCGCACGUUGGCCAGUGCCGGGCCAUUUUUCUCCGCAUGCAAAUAUAGACAUUAUGUGGAACUGCGUGAUUGUUCAGCCCGUACACAUAGUGAUGCAACCCACAAAUCUCGAUCAAUAGCAAAUCGGACGACUGAUAUUGCCGCGUCCCCAUUUUCACUGAUGGCGUUGGUGUUGCCGCCUCUUGCAAGUGAUGGGCACUCUUGUUUUGCACCGCAAAUGAGGCGC